AUGGCCACUGAUGCCGCCGGAGAUUCCACGUCGCAAGGCGUUCGAGCAACGGCUGGGUACCUGGGACACAUCGAGCCGUUCGAUCCGAACACGCCAGACGCCUGGGACUGCUACUUGGAACGCAUGAAUCUCUACUUCGAAGCAAAUGGAAUCACGGAGGAAAGUCGUAGGAGUGCAUUUCGCCCCGCAACCCUCGGAGACCCUUCGACGAUUCAUUUUCACAAGAGAGAUCAGCGCGAAGGGGAGAGCAUAACGAAAUACAUGGCCGAAAUCCGAAGACUCAGUGAGUUCUGUAAAUUCACGGAUUUGGAUGAUAUGUUUCGAGAUCGUCUGGUCUGCGGCAUCAGGGAUCAGGCGACCCAGAAGCGUUUAUUCGCAGAUCCUCGUUUGACACUGAAGUCUGCUUUGGAGUUAGCCCUAGCUGCAGAGGCGGCUAACAAGAACGUUUCCGAGAUCAAGGAAUCUACGAGAGACAUCAACUACACUUCGAGUCAUCCGAAGACUAAAGCAAGCAAGCAGCAGAAGUCCAGAUUGCAAUUUCCCAACAGGACAAGGAACAUCUGUAUUCGCUGUGGACAGUGCCAUGGAGGCCAGAGCUGUCGUUUCAAUGAUGCAACCUGCAACUUCUGCAAGAAGAAAGGCCACUUGGAGCACGUUAUGUUUCAAGGAGGCUGCUACGAGAGCUUCACCACAAGGACCGGUGCAUCAUCUGCAGGACGAGAUGCCUGA